AAGCCUUUUCCAGGCGAAGUUGGGAGCGAUGGGAGGGGAGCGCUCAGUGCUGCAGCUGGACGGCGGAGCGGCUCGGGUUGUGCUGCUGAGCAUGACGAGAUGCUGCUUGUGACAGCGGUGUCUGACUAAUAAUGAACGCCUUCAGUAAGUGCUGGGAUGGAUGAGGAAGGUUUACCGGGUGGAAUAACAGUGUGCUGUUGUGCCUCCUGGCUCCGAGAUGGUGUCACCUCUGUGCGCUUUUCCCUCUGCUAUCCGGACAGGGGACACUGGCAAGGAAGUGACACACCGGCGUCGGAAUUUACACAAUUAUCAGUCUCAGAAUAGACGGUGGAGGGAGUAGAGGCGCUGCCAUGGAGAAACAGAGCAGAGUCAAGGAGGAAAUGCCGACAUCGAAGGAAGAGAAGCGCAAAGAGAGGAAGCCGAAACCUGGGAAGCUUUUCCGAAAGAAAUCCUUGAAGUCUGUGGGGAGUUUUAUGAACAGAAUCAUCAAAACUUUGGGCACUUUCACUCACUUUGGAGACGCUGACGCGCAUGACGCGGAGGACGACGAUGGGGGGUUUCGCAAUGGCGCACCUUGCACCCUCAGCGCCGGCUCGGGGAUCAUCAAGGAGGAUGUGCAGGUGGCUUGGGAACGCGUGGUGAAAAACACUUCGAGCACGUCUUCUUCUCUGUGUACCGGGCGAGAAAAACUCCUGUACCAAUACGGAGACAAAAUCCCAGGUGUCCUGGGGCUGAAAAACCACGGGAACACCUGUUUCAUGAACGCCGUGGUCCAGUGUUUGAGCAACACGGACCUGCUCGCAGAGUACCUGGGGUUGGAGCGAUACAAGCCGGACCUGAGUCAAAGCAGAAUAAACGGGGUGGUGAGAAGUGACGAGACGCGGCUUGCCAAGGGAGAAGUGACGGAGCAGUUGGCAUCACUUGUCAGGGCUCUGUGGACUCUGGAGUACACCCCACAGCUGUCUGUGGACUUCAAGACUAUAGUGUCCAAGUUUGGAUCACAGUUUCGUGGUAAUUCCCAACAUGACGCCCUGGAGUUCCUCCUGUGGCUGCUGGACCGCGUCCAUGAAGACGUCAAUCUGGCCUCCCAUAAUAACAACAACACCAACAAGACCAAAACUCCUGGAAAGGGCCCCAGUGGAGCUGAGGAGGUGCUGUCUCCUGACCCGUCCCAGCAGCCCGGAGUCCAGCACAGCUUUGUCCAGGAACAUUUCCAGGCACAAUACAAAUCUUCACUGACAUGCCCCCACUGUCUGAAACAGAGCAACACCUUUGACCCGUUCCUCUGCAUCUCACUCCCCAUUCCUCUUCGCCAGACCAGGCCGCUGUGUGUGAUUCUGGUGUUCAGCACCAAAGGACAGAGGUACCUGCGGGUCGGGCUGGGCGUGCCUCUGUUUGGCUCUGUGGCCUCCCUGAGGAGGAUGGUGGCUGACGAGGGGAAACUUUCCCCAGACCAGGUGAUCCUGACAGAGGUUUACUCCACAGGCUUCCAUCGCUCCUUCUUUGAUGAGGAGGAUCUGACCAACAUAGCUGAGAAUGAUGUCAUCUACGCCUUCCAGGCUCCGCCCCUUUACAUCAGAGGAGGCUCUGCACGAAUCUCAGGUUAUCACCACAGCCUCCCAUCAUCACCGUACUCCACUGGUCCUGAGGGUCAGAGGUUACCUUCAUCUGGCACGUUGUCGUCAGAGUUCCUCCACCAGGGUGUCCCUGUAAAGAUUCUGCUGUUGGUGUGCAAUGCUGCAGGCGCAGGCCAACAGACUGUUAGGUUUGGACCUCCAUUCCUAAUGAGGGAGGACCGGUCUAUUUCCUGGGACCAGCUGCAGCAGAGCAUCCUCAGCAAGCUUUAUUACCUGAUGAUCAAUGGAGCUCAGGCACAGAAUACCAGAGUGCUGUUCAACAUUCGUGUGGUGGGAGGAUCAGCAUUUUACAGCUACCUGUCACCUCAGGACGGACGGCCACUCUACCACCCCGCUGUCGACCGAGCUCUGAAGCUCUGCGGCUCAGGAGGACCUCCACAUGUGAAGCUCAUCAUUGAGUGGGAGCACAGAAUCAAAGACUGCCUGUUUGGUAACAUUCAUGAGGAGGUGGUGAAGGAUGCAGAGAGCGUGAGGAAUCAGCAGCAGCAGCACGUCCAACAGUACAGCUGCACCUUGGAUGAGUGCUUCCAGCUCUACACCAAAGAGGAACAGCUUGCCCCAGAUGAUGCCUGGAAGUGCCCCCACUGCAAGCAGCUGCAGCAGGGCAUGGUGAAGAUGAGCCUGUGGACACUCCCGGACAUCCUCAUCCUCCACUUGAAGCGCUUCAGGCAGGUGGGAGAGCGGAGGAACAAGCUCACCACGUUUGUGCAUUUCCCCCUGGCGGGCCUGGACAUGGCUCCUCAUAUGGUGAACCGCAACCAUGGCACCCAUCCGCCUCCUCUCCAGCCUGGCUGGAACCAGUCCCGACGACCUGACCUGGCUCCUCCAGACUUCCUGUACGAUCUGUAUGCUGUGUGCAACCACCAUGGAGGAAUGCACGGCGGACAUUACACAGCCUUCUGUAGGAACUCGGUAGAUGGCCAGUGGUACAGUUAUGAUGACAGCAGUGCUGAGCCGGUUCCAGAGGCGGAGGUGUGCACACGUGGAGCCUACAUCCUCUUCUAUCAGAGGAGAAACACCAUCCCCCCUUGGUCUGCCAGUUCCUCAGUCACCGGUUCCACCAGCUCAUCCACCUCUGACCACUGGCUGGUCCGUCUGGCAGGGGGCAGUAAGAGGGGCAGUGUGGUGUCAGGAGGGCCCACCACUGGCCCUCCGGGUCCCAUACAGGCCCCAGAAUCUCCUGAGCUGCCAGUGUUUGGAGACGAACCCCCAAAAACAGUAGAAACAAAUGGGUUUGAAGCCAAGCCGUUUGUGCGUGGGACCCAAGGCAGGAGUGUGAGUAUGAGAUCACCAACUAAGCCCAAGGAGUCUCUGAGCAAAGUUCUGCCACUACGGUGGUCUUUUGGCUCCAAGGACCGCAUUAAACACCCAGUCCAGACCCAGCCUGGAGAGCUUGUGGAGUACCUGGAGUCUGGGCGCCGGCCACGAUGUACCAAAGACCCUAUCAUAACACUGGUGGCCACCCCACCACAAAGGAAUGCACAGGGAAGAGCCUUUGAAGUAGGACAUGACUGCAGCUCACCUAGCGGUAGCAGUCUUAGUUGUACCGACAGACCCGGCUCCGACACUUGUUAUUCUCCCAAAAUACCAGCGGGACAGAGUAGACCUUGUGUGGAGAGAAGCGUCAGCCAUGGAGCCUGUAACAGCAGCAACGGCAAAGCCAGGGAUUAUGGUUCUCUGAGGCAGAGGUCAUCUAAGAGAGCAAGGCAGGACCAGGGCAGGACCCUGGACCUCCAGCUUCAGCUUCAGAGAGGGGCCAUUCUAGUGGAUCAUAUCAGCCACAGUGCACCCCCAAGCAGAGAUUCCACAUUGAGAAGGACCAAGGUCCAUACAGGGGUGACCUUCAAGGCACAAAAAGACUUGUUACAGAUGGUCAUUCAACCUGAGGACGGGAGGGGGCAGAGGGGACAGGAGGGUCGCAGUCAUGACAGCCUCUUAUCUUUCUUCAAACCUGGUUUCAUGAAGAAAGAUAUUCCUGGGUCACCAAUCAGAGAGCAUGACAGGCGUAUGAAUGGCAACGGACAACUGGCCAAGCUGGCGAGCAGUAACUUAGCCAAACUGUCGCUCUCCAAUGGAACACUGACCACAGCGGCCCUAGAAGAGAGGAAGGCCAGUGUCAUCCCGAGAUGUGACGCCCACAACUGCAAAGUACAGCUAGUCAACGGAAAGGCUGGCAAUCACGACCCUGUAGACAUUAAGCGUGCUCACAGCUCCAGUAACAUCCAGACCAAGCUGGAUCUGACGUUUCGCAGGUGUGCCUCCCUGCAGAGGAAUGGCGAUGUAGUGGCCCCUCCAGCCCACCGCAUCCUGCUGUCAGACAAGCCCAGCUAUGCCACUCUGCAGCGGACUCGAUAUAGUACCACCUCUCUGGUGCCUCUGUGACAGCCCAGAAUGACUGUUGAACACUAGGACCUCUCUACUGAUUACUCCACACGGCCCCCAGAGAAGCUCCCAGCAGGACGCAUCGCUGGAAAGAAAGUCUAUCGUCUCGCUCCCCUCCAUAGUACUGUUCUAAGUUCUUACCUGUGUGUGUCUUAAACUAAAUCUAUGCAGAGCUGAAUUUACUGAGGAGAAAUACUGCUGUAAUGUGUUUUUUUCCCCCGUUGUUUUGUUUCACAAAGCAGUCUACUGUUAAUACAUGGUUUUAUUUUUUGAGUUUAUGAUCGAUAUGUGAACAGCGGCAUUUUUAGCCUGUUCUACUUCCAGAAAGCAAACAUCUGUUCCGAAGAUAGGAAAAUGUGGUUGGUUAAAGUGGUUUGUAUUCAGCUUAUACAACUUACACAUAAUGGGCUAAAACAUGUAAAACUAUUAAACACAGCAAAAAGUACUAACACCUGCACUGUAAAUUGGCUGCUACAACAACAUACAUCACUUGCUUUGUCAUUUGCUAUAAUUCAUGUUAUAUUAUCAAUGCCCUUUCUUUUUGAAAAAAAACCCCAACGUAUUUUGCUGUAUGACCAUAGCUAAUGUACGAACAGUUACACUGAACCAAACAGCAGAGUUUUAUUUCUGUGUUUCAGCUAUUGAUGUUGCAACUGGUAACCAACGGAUUGCUAAACUGUGGGACAGCUUUGUGGAUUUCAAAAGUUGGAAACAGGGAAUUGUGAAAACCCCUUCCCCUCAAAUUUCUUUCUUCUUUUUUGUUCAGGUUUGUUCUGUGCAUGAAUGAUGAAGAGUCGCGGCUAUAUCAGAAAAUGAGUGGAAUUGUUCUGACUAAAUAGAAAUCCAUCUAUUAACUACCCAUGAAGCUUGCAGAGCAGUGAAAGAGGGCUUUUGUACUUCUACCUCUGCGGAGAGGGGAUGAGAAUUUAUCUCUUUCACUUAAGCUGGGGUUGAAUUCUUGCUGAUAAAAUGCAAAAGCAAAACUCAGUUUGAGGAGGUUUUUCUCAACUGGGAUUGAAGGAUUCACACACACACACAAUCAUUCUUUCUCUGCAGCCACAGAGAUACGAUGAGUCCAAAUGGUAAUUAUGCUCUGUCACAUUUAAUUAAUUACCAUUUCUGUAUCUGCACAACGCUCUUUUAUUUACUUAUGCAUUGUAAAUUUGUCACUGGGGAUCAUUGGGGAAUGUAAAAGUGAGUGUGGAUUGUUUGCCUACACUGUAUUGUAUCUGUGUUUCCUGUUGUGUCAUUUAACAUUACUGUUUAACAACACUCUUUACCAAAAUGAAAUAAUAGUAAAUGAAGGAUGUUUCUGAGACCUUAUGUGGGAAAUAUGGCUAGAUUAUAUUUUAUUAUUAACUUUUUUAAAAGUCUACAUUUUGUACCUGAUGUGUAAUUAUGUAAUUUAAGUACCAGAUUAAAACUGUAUGUUUCAGGUUGCUGUAUAAACUCAGAUUAAUACAUACUGUAAGCGGUUGAAUGCUGUAAGGUUGAAUUGGACACAACACACUAAAGUCCCUGUACUGGACUGUCUAUAAUGUCUGCUUAAUGUACUGCAAGUUUGACGGAUUGCAAAUUAAACACAGCUUUUCUCACAAAUGGA